AUGAUGUCUUCCGAGCCCGAGAAAGCGCCGCCCGCCCCCGAAGCGGGCGUCCCCGCAGCCACCAUCAGCAAUAAGCAACGGAAGAGGGACGUCAGGAAGGCCGAGAAGGCGGCCAAGUACGCGCAGGCGCAGCAGAAGCCCGCCGCCAAGGACCCCUCGCCGGAGCAUGAGAAGAAGAAGCAGCAGUCCACCGCUGAGGACGAUCCCUCGGCAGCCAACUACGGCGACAUCCUCCCCGGAGAGAUCCUCCCCGCGGCAGUCCUCGAUGAACCAUGGAUGGAGAUCGGCCGCCUCGACAAGGCCGCCGUCGGCCGCUCCGUGAUGGUCCGCGCGACGGUGCAGGCGGUCUACCGUGGGUCCAAGACCAAGAAUGUGGCCUUCCUGGAGCGGCGGCAAGGGAGGAGCACCGUGCAAAGCGUGUUCGCCAGCAGCGCCCAGAUGGAACUCUUCGCCUUGUCCCUCCCCAAGGAGUCGAUCGUCGUCGUGGAGGGUGCCGUCGCCCUCCUCGGCAAGCCCCUCAGAUACACCACAAUGCGAGAGAUGGAGAUUCGGGUGAGGAAGCUCUACUACAUCAACAGGGUCGACCCAAGGCUACCGAUCAGCGUGGAGGAUGUCGGCUGGAGUGUGGAGGAGUUUGCAAAAGCUGAAGCAAAGGGGGUGCCACUUCCCUGCGUUGGUCAGGACACACACUUAGACUAUCGAGUUGUUGACCCGGGAACACCGGUAGGUCAAGCAAUUUUCCGUAUACAACAUCAAGUUGAAAACAAAUUCAGAGAAUAUUUGUCCUCAAAAGAUUUUAUUGGGAUCCACGCUCCAAAGCUGAUUUCAGGGUCAAGUGAAGGUGGAGCGGCAGUAUUCAAACUUGAAUAUAAGAAUGGCAAGUGUGCUUGUUUAGCACAAUCCCCUCAGCUGCACAAGCAGCUGGCUAUCUGUUCGCUCUUGCAGCCGCUCGGCGCCAUGGCUGCUCCGGCAACGAGAACGGAGAGAAGGAGGGAGGAGGCGCGGCCGAGGUCCUGCCGGCUGCGGCUCGGCCUGCAGGCGCGCGGGCGUAAGCAGGUGGCUCUGGAUCGAGCCCUUGCUUGUUCGUGA